AUGCACCCCUAUAGAGGACGUGGCGGCCCUCGCCAAUCCACACCAGCAAACGUCCAGUGCCAAAAGUGUCUCAAGAGAGAUAAGUUCAUCGUUGAUCGCUUCAUCACAAACACUGCGCUAACUUCCACAGAACGUCACUACUCAUACGAAUGCAAGGAGCCGGCCCAGACCCGUCCCUACGUGUCUCGGCCCUCUCGAACUCAGCAAUUGCGCAACCCGAAGCUCAUGCCAAAGUUGACGAAUGAAACCCCAGACGAUGCGGAUCGCAAGAAGGGUAUUGCAGAUGCUGAACUUGCAAAGAAGGAGGCUGAAAGGGCCAGAAAGCGGGAAUUAGAAGAGAGGGACGAUGAGCUCAUCAGAAAAACUGAGAGCAAACGCCAACGGUCCGAGUCCGUUGACUCCGUUUCCACCAUUUCAACGAGCCGCUCUGCUUCGCCGCCACCGCCGCCCAGACGACGUUCACCAUCCCCAGUGCCUUCUCGUCGGAGGCAGAGAUCCCCCGAGGACCGCAAGCCCUCCAGGCCAAGAUCGUUCAGCCCAGAGAGCGAGGAUGCUCGCCCCGUCUCCAGGCGCUCAGGCAGGAGCAGACACACACAGUCUCCGCCUAGACGUCGCCAAAGAUCUUUGUCUCGGGACAGCCGUUCGCCCCCCGAAACCUACGAGAGAAAGUACCGUGAGAGGGACGAAGACCGUGUGAGACCAGCCGGGAGCGGCGUUGCUCGCGACCCAUCCGGUUCAAGAGAAUCGUCCAUCUCUCGUGACGGCGGUGCUAACAGCACUCGGAGGUCGCUGUCAAGAUCACCCGACCGUCGGGGCGCGAGAGGCGGAGGCCGUCUAGGCCGAGGUGGUACCAGAAACUCUGGGUAUGGAGACGGCCCCGAGCGCCGGGUUGACCGUGUUGCCAGAAACGAAAGGCAGGAGAGACGACCGGAGCAAAGACAAUUAGAGCGGGAGCGCAGUCUCAGUCCGUUUUCCAAGAGACUGGCUCUGACGCAGUCAUUGAACAUGGGCAGGUAG